UUGAUAAAACGUUUUACUGCCUUUUAAGGGAUUUGAUUCUAAAUCAAAUAUAUAUAUAUAUAUAAAAUACCGCAGCAAUAUUAAUACCGCACAUCAGCUGAUCGGGCGCAGUACAAAAACAACACCAAUUAAAAACAUAAAUUUCGAUGAUUGAAAAAUGGUCAAGAAGGCGCAAGUGAAGCGGCGGCCAUGGGUCAAGAACCUGUACUCGAACCGGGAGUACCCGGACAACUACACGGACCCCAGCUUCCUCAAGGAUCUGCGCACGAACCUGCAUGUCCGGAUAUACACGUACCGCGAGGCGGCAGCCGGCAUCACAGUGCUGAACAACCAGAUCUCCUGUAUUACCGGCUUCCUGAUACUUUACCAGCUCCUGCUCAGUGACAGCGUCGCACCCACCACGAUCCUGGUGCCCAGUUGCGGGGUGACGGGGCUCGGCUACCUUUUUUACCGAGGCAGAAGCCUGAGCUGGGCCCUGCUGGGUGAGGAUUCGAAGACCCUGGUCACGGUGGUCCUAUUUGGAUACCUUUUCUCGCCGAUGCUCCAUACUCUCACGCAGGCCAUCAGCACGGAUACCAUCUACACAAUGACCUUCUUCGUCCUGCUAGCCAAUCUGAUGUUCAGUCACUAUGGGCUGGAUGUGGCCAUGGUCUCGAAGGCCAUUUCCCUAAAUGCUGCAAUUUUUGGAGCUAUUUGCCUGGCCUCCCGCCUGCCAACAUCCUAUCAUGCCUUUGUACUCCUUGUCGAGGCUGCCGUCUUCUUUGUCCUGUACCCAAUCAUUACGGAGGCCAAGUGGAACGCCCAAUGCAUGGUGCCCAUCUUUAGCAUUUGCUGCUUGGCCCUGUAUUGGAUAUCCCAUCCCGUGCUCUACCUCUACGCCAUAACCACGAUAUUCAUUAACUUUGUCUGCCCGCUGAUAUUUGUGUGGCAGCAAAAAUACAAGUUUAACAUCCACGGUCCCUGGGAUGAGGCGAUCGUGGAGGAGAACACCGACGAGAACAUCGAUGCGAACUUAUAGCAGCAACUAAGCUUCUCAGAGCAGAAGCUGCCACUUGGUCAGCCAGGUGGCGGCGAUGUCGGGGAGCACAGUCACUAAUCACCAACCUUUGCACAUGUUUAAUGUUUUGUUGAUAGUUUAUUCUUUUCUAUGUUUAUGUCUUUGAGAUUUCAUUCCAAGAGAUGUUCCAUUUUAUGUAGUUUUUUUACUUUGUA